AUGUUUCUGCGGCAUCUUCCUCAGCAGAGGUUCGCUCAGCAUGCCGCACGUUUCCACAGCGCCGUGGAAUCCGGCCCAGCCGGCCAGGUUCGCCACACCUGCGCGUCACAUCGGUCAUGGAUGACUGUCCAAGGAUCUGUGGUGAUCCCGAUCGCCGCUACUGCUCCAAAGCUGGAUUUUCACACCCAGCAUCGUGCUUUUAGCCGGACAACGUCCUCGUCACAUUCCGGCGGACGAUGGUCGGCAUUGAAGCUUGAGACAGCCCCAUUGACCACACUAACCCUUUGGAGACAGUUCACUGCUGGUUCGCCGCGCCCAUCCAGCGAUAUGAAAGCUACCUCUGAACCACAGACGCCUCUGAAAGUGGAGGGGGUGCAGAUUGAAGACUCGUUUGCCGAUACGGGCGACACGCGUGAGAACGGCGCACUUAACGUGCCAAUUGACCCAGAGUCGGAUGAGGAAGUGCCGGUUGAGGCUGAAGAGCUUCAGGAAGCUCUUUCACGCGCGCCACCCGUCAAUAGCAGCUACCUUCCCCUUCCCUGGAAAGGUAGGCUAGGGUAUGCAUGUCUGAACACCUAUCUACGAUAUUCGAACCCACCGGUUUUCUGCUCCCGCACCUGUCGUAUAGCCUCCAUUCUCGAGAAUCGACACCCGCUUUCCGAUCCCUCACAACCCCCGCAUCCCACCAAGAACCGACCGGACCGGGAGCAGACACCUGAUGUUGCACGGGGUCAGGCAUACGUGGAAGCGUUGGGGCUGACGAACGCUCGCGAUCUGCUGAAAUUGUUACGCUGGAACGACCGCUAUGGAAUCAAGUUCAUGCGCUUGAGUAGCGAAAUGUUUCCAUUUGCAUCUCAUCAAGAGUAUGGUUACCGACUGGCUCCGUUCGCAUCAGAGGUUCUCGGAGAAGUUGGUCGCCUGGUCGCGGAGCUCGGUCAUCGCGUGAGCGUUCAUCCAGGCCAGUUUACACAGCUUGGUUCUCCCCGAAAGGAGGUUUAUGAGAACUCUGUCCGGGACCUAGAGUAUCACUCAGAGCUGCUACAGCUUCUCAAAUUACCCUCUCAGCAAGAUCGCGAUGCAGUCAUGAUUCUUCACAUGGGUGGGGUGUUUGGCGACAAGGAAGCGACUCUGGAUCGAUUCCGACAAAAUUACCAGACACUGUCGCAAGAUAUCAAGAACCGGUUAGUUCUGGAGAACGACGAUGUUAGCUGGUCUGUGCAUGACUUGUUGCCAAUAUGCGAAGAGUUGAACAUUCCGCUUGUUCUGGAUUAUCAUCACCAUAACAUCAUUUUCGACUCGACCCAGCUGCGCGAGGGAACUCUCGACAUCAUGAAUCUCUACGACCGAAUCAAAGCUACCUGGACAAAGAAGAAUAUUACCCAAAAGAUGCACUAUUCAGAACCCGUCGCCGCCGCUAUAACAAACCGGCAGCGCCGAAAGCACAGCGAUCGCGUUCGUGUCCUUCCGCCAUGUGAUCCCACGAUGGAUCUUAUGAUCGAAGCCAAGGAUAAAGAACAAGCUGUGUUUGAGUUGAUGAGGACUUACAAGCUCCCAGGGCAUGAUCUUUUCAACGACAUAACUCCAUACGUGCGAACCGAUGAGAACAAACCGUUUAAGCCGCCACGAAAGACGAAAAAGAACGGCGACUUUGUUGACCUUGAAGCCCAAAUCGCGCCCCCAAAGACUGUACCUGAAGAGGAAGUCGGCAUGGGAGGCCCGGAGCGAAGGGUAUACUGGCCGCCUGGCAUGGAAGAGUGGCUUAGGCCGAAGAAGGUUGUGCGGACAAAGGCACUGAAGACGCCCAGGUCUUCUAAAAAGGCGCCGCCGCCGGCUGAAGGAGUCGAGAUUGAUGGAGCUCCUGCUACACCGACCACGCCGACCUCGAAAUCUACCAAAGGCGUGGAGCGCGCAUCGAGUGUGAAGAAACGAGCGACCAGGAAACGCAAAGCAUCACUUACGCCUACUCCAUCGGCUUCCGAUGAUGAGCCCGUGGAAGAUACUCAGCCACCCAGUCUUUCGCGGUCCAAAACUGAAGGCGCCCGCCGAAGCCGACGAGCAAAGACCAUAAACUAUGCGGAAGAUGACGAGUCAGUGUAG